UAGGGAUUUCCCAUCCUUUCAGAACAAUACAUCGGUAAAGAUAACCUGUUUAUCUAUGCUUUCAUUUUUUGAUAUAAGUUUGUUAAGGGAAAGUAAACCACAAAAGACAUUAAAGAAGAAAUCCACUGAUUGAAAUCCUUUGAUAUAGGAAGCUUCUUGUGUCGAGGAAAAUUUUUAACCAAUCAGACGUCCACUUACUAACGACGUUCGGCAUACACGCACCGUUCAUUACGCUCGCCAUCCCAAAUAGGGCCAAAGUGUUCCGUACUGUAGUGUACUGUGGUUUAGAGUUCAUUAACUUUAAUUAGACAAUUACGGACUGUGCUUUUACGUUGCAUUUUGUUUGUUACUUAGUUUGCAUUCAUCAUUCCCUUAAGAUAGGGAGAAUGUUCCCUUAACAAAGAGUGACCAUGGAAAUUAACAAGCUUUUAAGAUUGGAUGUUGAUGGUUAAAAAGAUCUUAGUAUUUGCUUAAACAAGAGGACAGAAGCUGUGUAUUGUGUGUAAAUAUCAUGGCUGAUUACGUAACAGAUAGUGGACGAGUGGAUGGCUCCUGGGAACUGACCAUUGAGGUUACAGAUGUCCAAGUGGAAAAGAAACUUAGGGUCAAUGGGGAUCUCCACAUCGGAGGAGUCAUGGUGAAAUUAGUGGAAGCUUUAGAUAUUGCUGCUGACUGGUCUGAUCAUGCCCUCUGGUGGCCAGACAAGAACCAAUGGCUGUUGCGAUCCCGGUCAACGCUGGAUCAAUAUGAUGUCCAGGCAGAUGCUAAGCUGCUCUUCACCCCCAUGCACAAAAAUGUCAGACUUCAGCUUCCAGAUCUCCAAAUCCUGGACUUGAGAAUGAACUUUUCUAGUAAAGUCUUCUCUGCAAUGACUUCCCUGUGUAAAGAACUAGGAAUUAGGAAUCCUGAAGAAUUGUCUGUGGUGAAAUUCAUGGACAAAGAUGAUUUGAAAAAGAACAUUAAAGAACACCUGAAUACAAAGAAAAAGAGAAACUCUCUGCAUGAUCAGAUGCCAUCUAGCAAUGGUGUCAAUCACUCCAACUCAGGAAGUUUGGAUCGACUCAGUCCAUUCCCCAACAGAAGUCCAGCUGGUCCAUCUCCUAAUAACACACUAGGGCGCUCACCAGGUUUUAAUUCUCCUUCACCCUACAACACAAUGAAUGGCACAAUGUCGCCAGGAUCCAUGUACAGUUUGUCUUUUGAAGGCGGAAUGGAGUCGGCUUUGGCUAAUAGCCCCCCAAUACCCAUGAAAGAGGCACAGCAGUAUCUUCACAAACCCAAAAAUCUUGUAGAAAAAGCUCGUAUAAACUAUGCGUGGUUAGACUCAUCCAGGUCUUUGAUGGAACAAGGCGUCCGAGAUAAUAAUUUCCUUCAACUGAAAUUUAAAUUUUAUAACUACUAUGAUUUGAACCCCAAGUAUGAUGCUGUUAGGAUUAACCAGAUCUUUGAACAAGCCAAAUGGAGUUUGAUGUCGGAGGAAAUUGAAUGUACAGAAGAGGAGAUGAUGAUGUUUGCUGCACUGCAGGUUCAGAUUCAGAUGCAGGUGGGACAGGCCCAGCCCAGUGAUACCUCCAUAAUGGACCAUAGUACCCCCCACAUGGAGGGGGAUGACAUUGAUGCUGAUCUGUCCAACUUAGAACAGUCUUUACAAGUGUCCAACAUCUCAUCAUCAGGGGACAUAACCUCUGUACCAGAGCUGGGUGGAUAUGUCAAAUGGUUCAAACCCAAAAAAUUCACAUUGAAAAGCUACAAGAGAGCUUGGUGCGUUUGUAAGGAUUUAUAUAUUGCAUUCUACAAGAGUCAAGAAGAAGCCGCUGGAAGUCCAAUGAUGAAAAUGACCAUCAAAGGCUGUGAGGCUCACCCCGACUUGAACAUCUCGCAUUCUAAAUAUGGAAUAAAGCUUUUCAUCCCUUCAUCUGAGGGCAUGUCUGAACUGUGGCUCAGAUUUGACGUGGAAGAUGACUAUUGCAAGUGGAUGGCAGCAUGUAAAUUAGCUUCCCAGGGCAAAACAAUGGCUGACAGUUCCUAUGAUAUGGAGGUACAGACCCUGCGGACACUCUUGAGCCGACAGACACCCACUGAUGCUCCUGUGACCCCCAUGCAGGUGGAUAUUAAGAAUCCAGAGGAUUACGUGGCACCUAGAUUUGGCAAGAAAUUAAAAGGGAAACAGCUGGAGAAGAGAAUUCUGGAUGCACAUGCUAAUGUACAGAACCUGCCUCUGAUGGAGGCUAAGAUGGCGUUUAUUAAAGCUUGGCAGUCUUUGCCUGAUUAUGGCGUCAGUUACUUCAUCGUCAAACAGAAAAAUGCCAAGAAAGAGGAACUCCUGGGAGUAUCACCAAACAAAAUCAUGCGUAUGGAUAUUAGUUCCGGUGAUUCCAUUAAAACCUGGCGGUAUGGAAGUCUGAAAUCAUGGCACGUAAAUUGGGAGGUCCGGCACGUCAUUUUAGAAUUUGAGGGAGAGACACUUAACUUUGCUUGUUUGAGUGCUGACUGCAAAGUGGUGCACGAGUACAUUGGAGGUUACAUUUUCUUGUCCAUGAGAUCAUCAGACAAAAAUCAAACUCUUAAUGAAGAAUUAUUUCAUAAACUUACUGGAGGAUGGUCAUAAAAUUUUAUUUGAAAGUGUGUUAAUCUGUGAUCUGCAAUAGUGUGCCUAAAGUACAUGUAUAUAAAAAAGUAUGCUCUGCUGACAAAAUGAUCUUAUAUAAUAAAAUUUUGUUUCAAGUUACGAUGAAGGGAAAAUGGGGGACAAGAAAGUAAAAGAUUGAGCUGUAAUGGCUUGGCUCACGUUAUCUGUAUACAUUGCAUAUUAACUUUCCUUUGUAAUUUUCUUAGCUUUAUUUCUAUAUUCAAGCAAACCACCUUUUCAUUCUCAUUAUUUGCAUAAAGCACCAUCAUCACUGUCUAUUGAUAUUUUAUGUGUAUAUGAUGUCUGUAGAACUAUUUUUCAUCUUGGUUCAUGGUUUGUAAUAUGCCAGAAUGGUGUUUUCAUAAUGCAUGCAUGAAAAUAUUUAUAUUGAUGACAUGAUCCAUCAAGGUUUUUUUGUAUUGUGUAUUUAUGCGAUUAUACUCAGUUACUUGUCCAGAAAUGUGCUAAGCAGGCAUACAAUUUUAUGUAUUUCUUAGAAAGAGAAGAAAUAUUGAUGUGUGAAUAUCUGCAAAACUUUUUACAUUUUAAGCAGAAGAAAUUUCAAUUUUAUGAGGCAGUGACUUCAGAAGUCAGGAUUUUUUACAACACUGCAGGAAAAAUUCCUUUAGACCCCUUUCCAACAAAAUUCUUUUUACUUGAACUUAUAUUUCAAACCAUGGAUGUAAGUAACAUUGUAAUUCUGUGUGGCUAUGUACUUCAAAUUUCACAAUCAAUAUGUUAUCUUUACAACAUAACUGAAAGCUGAAGAAAAUUGCCAAGUUUGUUGAUAUUGAUGGGGAAAUCAUAGAUGUCAAACUCACUGAAGAACUUGGAACAUUUUUAUUUGCAGUGAUAGACAACAAGUUAUUCAGUGUAAGAGAGAGUUGUAAUCUUUCUUGAAACCUCUGCUAUUUACCAAUAAAAUAUUGCAGUUGUCUUCAAAAGAGCAUGUUAUUAAAAUAUUGUACUGUCAUGAAAUUAAAAAGAAAUAUACAUA